CGCUUUUUUAAAUGAGGGAGCCUAAUAAUUUUGACAUGAACAGGCUGCUUUCACUUAUGCCAAAAGAGAAAGUCAAGGUUCAAAACUCUGUCCCACCAGGCAGUAUGGGUGCACUUCAGAUGGCUUCCACCUUGGGUAUGCUUCCACCCCCAGCCACCGUCAGCCUAGUCUGCACUCUGGUCUCUGCAGCAUUCAUCUGGGCCCUCCCAGCAUUGCAUCUUGUCCGUUUGUUUGCAGUGCCUCAGGCAGGUGGCCCUGGCUACACAGGCGGGUUUGCACAGCCAAAUCCAUACGGCACCUAUGCGCAGCCUAGUUUUGCCUACCAGCCAUAUGGGUAUGGACAGCCCCAGUUCCCUGAAGGUUACGGGUAUGCUCAGAACGUGUAUACAUCAUAUGGAACGCAGGGAUUUGUGGCCGCUGCACCAGCGGGAGCAUAUGGAGGACCAGGUGCUGUCCCAGGAGCAGGGGUGUAUGCCGGUAGCUAUGGUGGCUAUUCACAACCCUUGCAGUCCAGUGGCCCAACAGGAGGGUACACAGCCCCACAAGGGUUCACAGCAGGUGUGACGGCUCCCACGAUUGGACCCAUCUAUGGUGGUCCUGGCGCUGUGCCAAGUGGAACAGGCAUGCAGGCUUAUUCAGGUCCUGUCCCUGUGAGUGGAUAUGGUCCAGGAGUGCCAGCCGCUGUGGCAGGAGCAGCACCCGUGUCAUCGGUCCCGGUAUCAGCUGCAGGUUCCAACUCCCAACCUUAUGGAAUGUCCUCUGUUGCACCCCCGCAGUAUGUUUCAGGACCACAGGACCAAGCAGCAGCAUGAUCCCCUUGUAUUUCUGUAUGACGUGUGAUUCAGUGGCCCGAAAGCGAACAGGAGGGCAUCAAGACGCUCGCGAUUGCCCACAAUCCUAUUGCGUGUGAGGGAUAUCUUUCUUCUUGACCUCUAUGCCGAGGUUCCUUCUGUGAGAUACUUUGUCAUCAGGUUAGAUCACUUUCCUUUCCCUUGAAUACCCUCCUGUCCCGAACCCCUUUUUGUCUCCUUUUAAGGUUUGAUGUCGUAAGAGAGAAGGGAAGGGAAGAGCAUGUUAUCACACGACCCGGGGGGGGGGGGGGGGGGGGGGGGGGGGGGGGGGGGUGAGAAGCAAUGGUAUGAGAAAUUACAGGCAAGAUGGUGUUGGACAUGCCAAUUACCAACCAGUAGCAGCAGAGGUUAGUACGAGAUGAGAAUAGCAGUAGUGGCUAGCAAUUAAUGAUGAUUUCCAACGUGGGGGAAAGUAGUGGUGGUGAAGGUAGUGGGAAUGGUCGGAUGGGGUGGGAAGAGAGGUUCUGAAAAGAGGGGAUGGGCGGGGGGUGGUCAGAGGAUGGGAUGGGGUUGCUGUUAGGCAUGUAGAGGAAAUUGCCAAGGUAGUUAAAUAUCUUGGUUUGUUGAUGCUGAGGGCCGCUGCAAAAGAGAGCGGCUUCCUCCUUCCUUCUGCGAAUAAGCAAAUGUUGCACGUUUUCAG